AUGUCGUUCCAAUCAGAUUCGCCAGAGAUGAUCGUCAGCGAUAAUUCCCCGACUUCGCCCAACGUGUCCGCCACCGCUCCCCGCCACGCUGACACAUCGAGCUCCCGCAGCUGUGUAACAUGCCGCCGCAGAAAAGUCCGAUGUAACAAGCGGACUCCAUGCUCAAAUUGUACAAAGGCGGGUAUUGAAUGCAUUUUCCCCCCGCCUGGUCGUGCCCCGCGAAAAUCGAGGCGCCCACCUGACGCGGAGCUGCUUUCGCGGUUGCGUCGUUUGGAAGGUGUUAUUGAUCACCUGAGGAGUGGUAAUGGCUCGGGUUCAGAGGGGACAUCAGCCCGGACGCCGUCAUUAACGACGUCUUCUACUGUUAUCAGCGAUACGCCUGCGUCUGCGCCCGUGCCUACAGCAGCUGCUCCUGCUGCACCCCCUGGACCUCAGAGCCAGGGUUCUGAAUGUCCAUUUGCAGAUCCUAAGAGCCCUGCCCCUAACAGACUUGAAAACGAGCUCGGGCGCUUGGUCAUUGAUGAAGGUCGGAGCCGAUAUGUGAGCAAUCGACUCUGGGCUAGUCUUGGAGAUGAGAUCGAGGAGUUGCAAGAUAUUCUCGAUCAUUCUGACUCUGAGGAAGAUGAUGCUCCCUCGCCAGACUCUCCCAAUUCAAGCUCUCAUGAUGGACACAUUUUUGGAUACUACUCGCUGUCUCACUCGCUUCGAGAGUUUCACCCUUCUAUUUCCAAAGUAUCUAUACUUUGGGAAACAUACAAGGACAAUGUUGCUCCUCUGAUCACUAUCGUUCAUCGACCGACUGCCAGAAAUCUCUUUGUUGAGGCAGCGCGGCACCCGGAGUCGCUUGAUAAGAAUUCAGAGGCUCUGGUCUUCGCUAUGUAUUUGAGCAGCUUUGUCAGUAUGAAGCCUGAAGAAUGCGCAUACCAAUUCGGUGAAGACCGCGCGACUGCUGUCAAACGGUACCGCUUUGCUACGGAGCAAGCCCUUGCAAAAGCUGGGUUGCUGAAUACACAGAGUUUGGUCCUUCUCCAGGCUGCUGUUCUGUUCUUGGUUUGUGUACGACGAGAAGAUGAUAGCAAAUUCGUUUGGUCUAUGACCUCCAUCGUCUUGCGUCUUGCUCAAGGACUAGGCAUACAUCGUGACGGAACAAAUUUCGCACUCAAGCCGUUCGAGACCGAAAUGCGCCGUCGACUAUGGUGGCAUAUCUCGUUACUGGAUGUCCGCUCAUCGGAAGAUCAUGGGACGGAUCCUAUUAUCCAUGAGAGCAUGUACGACACUCGGCUUCCAUUGAAUGUCAACGAUGAGGACCUGUACCCCGAGAUGACUGAGACUCCCGCAGAACGAGAGGGCUGCACUGAUAAUACAUUCUGUCUCAUUCGCUGUGAGAUUACGAGUGCUUUGCGACGAGCAAACUACGUGUGUCCCGGCGCCGAACUUCGUGCGCUUGACAAUAAGCCACCAAUCAGUCGCUGUGAGCAGAUGAUUCAAGUAAUCAGUGAUCGCUGCGAGCAACGGUAUAUCAGACACUGUGACAUGAACAUUCCCAUCCAAUGGUGCGCUGCCACAGUGGGACGUCUUAUCCUUGCCAAGCUGUGGCUGAUGGUCCACCACCCAAUGACCCGGAAAGAUCGCAGCACCUCUGUCUCCCAGGCAACUCGCGAGAGCUUGUUCUUAACAGCAAUCGAAGUGCUCGAAUUUGGCCGCUUACUCGAAGCCGAUCCAAAGACUACCAAAUGGGGCUGGCUAUUCCGGACCAAUAUGCAAUGGCAUGGUGUUGCAUUUGUGUUGUCUGAAAUAUGCGUUCGCCCUGUCUGCCCUAUCACCGAUCGAGCCUGGAAUGCCGUUAGCUCGCUCUACUCAGAUUGGGCAGUGCAGGCCACCCAUAAGAAGGGCAUGCUAUGGCGGCCCCUCGCCGCCCUAAUGAAACGAGCUGAAGCCACCCGCAUCAAACAGAGCCAGGAAUUGCUUGUCAAGUUUGGCCCAGCUCCCAGCCUAUUAGAGCCAGUCGGCGCUCAAAUCACCUCUGUGCCCAACCACCCUCUUCCCCAGAUCCAUAUGCCACCGGGACAGGCAAGCCCCUUCCAAAAUAAUAGAUCAGACGUAUCUCCACAGAUUACAUCUGACGCCGAUCUGAAUAUCGACCUUAGCAGAGGUCCCUUAGGAGCUCUACAGAGCAUCUUCCCCGACACAAACUUCUUCGCUUCCCAGGACAUCUACGAUACCCCAACUACACAAAGUAAUAUCUCAGCAACGAAUUUACUCCCGCCAUCGGGCUUAUCAACAACCCAACCUUACAACGCCGCCAUGAGCAAUCCCCUCCUGAACCCGGAACCAUUCCCUGAAGCCCCUCCGCUCAGCUGGGAUGAAUGGGACCAGGUCAUGCGUGAUUUCCAGAUGGACGUCGAAAAUGAUGCCUCUCAGCCGACCAAGGGGACUAAUGUUACUGAAUGGUUUGUCUGA